UACCGGCAGGAGCUUCCGUUCUGCGGCAGCCGGGGCGCUUCUGCGGCGUCCGACGGCGGAGCCGUAACCGGCUUGAGUCCGGGUGGCGCUUGAGCGCGAUUCGAAUUGAGGCCCAGGGAAUCCAAAGGAGGGGGCGGGGACUCGGGAGGAGAAUCAGCGCGGGAGGCCAGAAGUCGGUGCCGGCGGAGUGAGGACUUCGCAGGCGCGAUGCCCGGGGACGAGGCCUGUCCCAGCCCUGUGGGGCAGCCCCGCUCGCUGGAUUCCGCCGCGGGGGGGCUGGGGGAGCCCGCUUCUGCCCCAGCCGAACAGGCUCUCCCCCGGUUCUUGCGGCUCUUUGGAAGCGGGGCUCCCGGCACAGGCAAGACGGGGCUCCUCAGAGGCCUCUCCGCCCUCCUGGAGGCUGCGGACUCUCGGUGGCUGCUCGGCGCCGCCCCGGCCCUGCUUCGGGAGCUGGUGCUUGCCCUGAGCCGCUACGCAGCGCCUCUCCGGUGGGAGCCGGAGGGAGGCGCGUCCCCCGGAGAAGACCCCUCUGGUGCCGCGGGAACGGAGCGAGCGUCGGAGGUCAGCCUGGUUUUCUGCCACAUCCUGGCCAAGGUAGAAGCGGCGAAAGGCCUGGACGAGUUGGACCCUGCGGUGGUUGGCUCGGUCCUUCGCCAAGUGGCAGGACCCGUCUUCAUCUGUGCGGUGGCUCAUGCGGCAGAGAGGCCAUGGACCCGGCCCAGGAGCCGGCGUGGGGCUCAGGAGCUCCUGAGCGCUCUGUUGCGUGUUUUGGAGUAUAAAUCGGUACCCGAGUUCCUCAGAGGCACGUGUGAAGAUGGGCACGGCUGGUUCGUUGUGGUGAUGCAGUGUCUGAAGCCAGAACUGACCAAAGAAACAUGGCAGCGUAACCCAGCAACAAAGUACGUGUUUUGCUUCGUGCUCCAGCAGGUCCAGAGACCUUGGCUUGGUGAUCACCUGGAAAAAGUCCUGCCACCUUCACUACUGCUGUCAGAUGACUACCAAGUAGAAAAUAAAAUCCUGGGUGUACAGUGUCUACAUCAUAUUAUUCAAAAUGUGCCAGCAGCUGUCCUCUGGCAGUUUAACAGAGUGCAGGUGGUGUAUCAUGCUCUCUUUAAUCAUCUCUACAGCAGGGAGGCUCAACUCAUACAGGUUGUGUUGCUGUGCAUACUGGACUUGCUGCCAGUCCUGGAGAGGGCCCCACAGCAAUUGUCCCCUAACUCCCCACUUGUCACACCCUCUGACAAAGUCCUCCAGCUGUUAUUGACUCACAUGGAAGCAGAGAACCAGCUGUCUUUGCGGAGAAUAUAUGCCAAGAGCCUGCCUGCCUUUGUUGAGAGGCUUGGCAUCCAGAUUGUCCGUCAUCUGAAGCGGCUGCAGCGAGUGAUCGUGGGAUACCUGGAAAUCCCUGAUGGGCCAGAGGAAGCUGCUCGGAUUGCAACAUUAGAAACACUGGAGUGUACGAUACAGCAUGCCUGGCCUAGAAUGACUUGUCGUCUUGCCAUAAUCCUCAAGGCUUUGCUAAGAAUGAUGUGGGAUGUGGCCACAGACAGGAGCACCACCCCUGAACUUGUGAAAGCAGCUUUGCUUCAGAGAGCCACCAAGUGCCUCCUCUUGUUGAAUCACUGUUCCCAAGGACAGGUGAAGGUCCUACUGCAAGGAGUCCACCAAAGCUGUGAAAAUGAACAGCUCAAGGAAUGCUUACACCAAAUACAAGAGGAUUCUGCCACAAGUUUGUCUGCCCAGCAACUCCAGAAAGACAUUGGUCAAGGGGAAGCCUGUUUUUUGAACCUGGAAGGAAAAACUCCAGAUUUUAAGAAUGAGAAUACUCUUGCUCUGCAACAGCUUUAAAAAAGAAAAAA